GUGGGAAUGUUGCAGCUGUGUCAUGCACUCAGAUAUGGCUAGACGUGAUAUCUGGCUUAUGUGAUGAGUGUGCUGGAACUGCUCGGCCGAGAAGCAAGUGUAUAUAAAGAGGAGAACACUUGUGCAAUACACAAGAGUCUGAACUGCAGGAUACCUUUACAAGCAGUACUGAGACUAAAAUGGAGCGUUGGUCAGGUCGUGUUGCCGUGGUAACAGGAGCCAGUGCCGGGAUAGGAGCAGCCAUCGCUAAAGAACUCGUGAAGAAAGGACUCAAAGUGGUCGGACUGGCGCGCAGAGUGGAGAGGAUUGAGGAGCUAGCCGCCUCCCUGAAAUCCGCACCGGGUAAACUGCACGCUCUGAAAUGUGACGUUACUAAGGAGAGUGAAGUUCAGGCGGCCUUCAAGUGGAUCAAAACUAACCUCGGUGGAGUCGACAUCCUCAUCAACAACGCAGGAGCUGCUUAUAACAGCAAACUUAUAACCGGCCCAGCUGAGAACUGGAGACGAAUCCUGGACCUGAAUGUCCUAGCGCUGAGUGUCUGCACCAAGGAAGCGCUCGAGUCCAUGAAGGAGAAGGGAGUGGAUGAUGGACACAUUGUUCAUAUUAACAGUAUCGCAGGUCACAGUAUUCCGAACUUGGAUAUUGUCGUCCACAUGUACUGCGCAGCGAAGCACGCCGUCACAGCGCUCACUGAGGGGCUCAGGCGGGAACUGGUUAAGCAGAACUCAAAGAUACGGGUUUCUAGUGUGAGCCCCGGAGUGGUGGAAACAGAAUUCAUGGCGGCGUCUGGAAGGGAUGUAGAUCCCAAACAGAUAUAUUCUAGCAUCCCUCACUUGGACGCCAAGGACAUUGCAGAUGCUGUUUUGUAUGUGCUUGGAGUCCCUCCACAUGUACAGAUCCACGAGCUCACCAUUAAACCUGUCGGGGAGAAGUUCUAAUAAAGUCAGUCGCGAUAAGAAGCACUGUCAUGUAACCAUGGGAACUUAACUGCCACAGAAUUCUGGGAGAAUUCCGAUUUUCGGAUGUGACGAUUCGUGCUUGAAAAAGCACCACGCCAUGAAGACUGUAACUCGAUUUCUGGUACCGAUAGAGGAUGCUGGAUACGUUCAUCAGUUUGUACAAGCAACUUCGAUUGAAUUUGAAAGAGAUAAUAAAAUAUAAAUAAAGAUGAUAUUCAUUUCUA